AGCGCCAAAACGUGACAAUGUAUUUUGCAAUGAUAAUACUGAGUACAGCAAGGUUGAUUCAGGCCAAAGAGAGUCCUCCUUUGGUCUUUGUGGUAUCAGCAGGACUUGGAGAUACUGUAACCCUUCAUUGUGAAUCAGAAAAUGAGGUUUGCAGUACUUUAUACUGGUAUAAGCAAUCUCCUGGAUGUUUUCCCGAAAUGGUAGCUUCGAAAUUGUAUGAAUCAAUAACCUUGAAGCCCCACAGUAACUUAACGUUGACAGAGGGAGAAGAUGGUGUUUGUGUCUUUCAUCUGACCAUUCAAAACGUAACUAAAGGUGAUGAAGCAAACUAUUUCUGUCAAUCGUACUCACGUGACAAGUGGAAUAAUUUCACCUUUCUGUCUGUCAAAGAUCCCCAUGACCACAGGUUUGUCUCCCAGACUGUGGUCCAACAGCCUGUGACGGCAUCAGUUCAGCUGGGAGAACCUGUGGCUCUCCAGUGCUCUAUUACCUCCCAGAGGACGGACCCCAGUAACCAGUGCCAAGGGGAACCCAGUGUGUACUGGUUCAGAUCUAUAUCAGGACCAUCUCACCCUGCUGCCAUUUACAUGAAUGGAAACAGGACUGGUGAAUGUCUGAAUAGUUCUGGACCUCCGUCUGCUCCACAGAGCUGUGUCUACACUCUCCCCAAGAACAAUGUAGACUCCUCUGAUGCUGGGACCUACUACUGUGCCCUGGCAGCAUGUGGGGCAGUUGUGUUUGGAAGUGGAACUACGCUGGACAUAACAGAUGUUUGGUAG